ACCCUAGAAUAAACCCGCCAUUCUUCUUUCCCAAACCUUCAGCCUCUGUUCGCUUUUCUUCCCCAGAGCCAUUAGCUCCCACCUCACUUCGGCUUCAACAAUGGGUCGGAAGCUCAAAGACCCCUCAACUCUCAGCGACCCAGAAGCCCAGGAAGCCACGAACCACCGCGAAGCCAAAGCCGAGAAGAAGAAAAAGAAGCACAAAAACAAACACAGAGACGAAGAAGAAGAAGAAGAUGACCAACUCAGUCCUCCUAAGCGAAAGUUGGAGGAAGUAAAUUCAGAUUCUAAAAAGAAGAAGAAGAAGCAGAAGAAAUCGAAAGAGAGCGUAAACAAUGAGGAGGAGCCGGAGAGAAAUGGAGACGUGGAAGAGAGUAAUUCCACCGACGCGGUUGUGAUGGUUACUGGGAAAGAUGCUGAUGAAGCCAAAUACAAGCCGUUGGAUUCGUUUGCGGAGUCGAAGCUUCCCAGUGAGGUUUUACAGUGCUGUGUGAAUUUCCAGAAACCGUCUCCGAUUCAGUCCCGGGCGUGGCCUUUCUUGUUGGACGGUCGUGAUUUUAUUGGAAUUGCGAAAACUGGGUCAGGUAAAACUUUGGCGUUUGGGAUACCAGCUAUUAAUCAGGUGUUGAAUAAGAGGAAUGGUAAGUUUUCGAGGGGGAGAUAUCCUCUCUGUCUUGUGCUCGCACCUACAAGAGAGCUAGCUCAACAAAUUUCAGAUGUACUGGUUGAGGCUGGGAAACCUUGUGGUGUGGAAUCAGUUUGUUUGUAUGGGGGAACAUCUAAAGGACCUCAAAUAUCUUCUCUGAAAUCUGGUGUGGACAUCGUUAUUGGAACACCUGGUCGUUUGAAGGAUCUCAUUGAAAUGGGUUUGUGUUGCCUUAAGGAAGUAUCUUUUGCGGUCCUUGAUGAAGCAGAUAGAAUGCUUGACAUGGGAUUUGAACCUGAAGUCCGCUAUAUACUGGGACAGACAUGCUCGGCUCGCCAAAUGGUAAUGUUCAGUGCGACAUGGCCUCCAUCAGUUCAUCAGUUAGCUCAGGAGUUCAUGGAUCCUAAUCCAGUUAAGGUGGUUGUUGGUUCAGAGGAUUUAGCUGCCAACCAUGAUGUCCUGCAGAUAGUCGAGGUCUUGGAUGAUCGAUCUCGCGAUGCACGUUUGGUUGCUUUGCUAGAAAAAUACCACAAAUCCAAAGGAAACAGAGUUUUGGUGUUUGUCUUGUACAAAAUGGAAGCUACUCGUGUUGAAAAUAUGCUGCAAAGAGGGGGUUGGAAGGUCUGUUCUAUACAUGGUGAUAAAGCACAAAAUCAGCGCACACAGGCACUAUCUCUAUUUAAGCAGGGAAGCUGUCCCUUGAUGAUUGCUACUGAUGUGGCUGCUCGAGGAUUAGAUAUCCCAGAUGUUGAGGUAGUGAUUAACUAUAGUUUUCCACUCACUACCGAGGAUUAUGUCCACAGAAUUGGGCGCACUGGACGGGCCGGUAAGAAGGGUGUUGCUCAUACCUUUUUCACACAUCACAACAAGGGACUUGCUGGGGAGCUGGUCAAUGUUCUCAGAGAAGCUGGGCAAAAUGUGCCAGCUGACUUGUUGAAGUUUGGCACUCAUGUAAAGAAAAAGGAAUCCAAACUUUAUGGGGCUCACUUCAGAGAAAUUUCUGCCGAUGCUCCAAAGGCUAAAAAGAUCACAUUCGCUGACUCUGAUGAUGAAGACUAACUCAGAUUACAACCCGAAACCAUUCUUAAAUAGGGAACAAGUGAGAGAUAGAGUUGGUUAGAAACCGAUUUCUAUGUAAUAUAUUUUUGUUUUUGUUUACUUUCCUUUCUUUUUUCCUUUUAUUUUCUGAUGUAUACUACAGUUCAAUUCAUAGAUGCUGAAUAAGUAUUUUUGAUUAUGGUUUUUUAAAUUAAUGAUCAUAAGCGUAUCCUUUUACUGGCUUCUUGCA